AUGGCGAGCUCCGAAACACCCAACGAGACUGAAGAAGAAAGGGUUCAAAGCCAUUGGCAAAAGCAACGAAUAGAGGAGCAGAGAGCUGUGAUUGAUGAAACCCUGGCCUGCGGUACAACCUGUGGACUUGUGGAAAGCCUUGACCCAUCCAUGAUGCGAACCGACCUUGCUACCGGGGUUUACAAUCCCCAAAGGGACCCCGCCUACACCCUUUCGCCAGCUGAGAUGAAUGACAAAUCUAUCAUUUUGUCUCCCCGCCAGAGGUCGCCACGGCAGGAGAGAGGCUACAUGGAAGUAGCAACAGAAGACCAAAGGGCGAUGUUCAAAGCUGCUUGGCGAGGACGCGAUCCCUUUGCCCUGUACACAUUCCACCGGCAUCUGCAUGAGCAUCAACAGGCUCGACGCUCCUUCUUACAGGUGUGCAGAGACGAGGAUGAGGUGCGGCAGUAUUGGAAGUGGGUAAGCAAGCUAGACGCUCAUAUUCCACAUGAGCAGCCCAACAUCGCCAACGACGAGGUUGACAAGAGGUGCGGAUGGCCGUUCAACGACCAUGCAAUAGAUCGUCGAGUAGAGGCAUGGCGCAGCAGGGCGGCCGAUCGAGCCACGCGGCUGAAUGAAGUGAGGGAGCGAUGGAAAAACAUUAUGAGAGAGCGGGUGGAGGAACGCAGGCAGCUGUUCUCGCGGAAACGGGAGAGGGGAGACGAUCAGGAGUCAAAAGAAGGGGAAGAUCGACUCCAGCGGAGUCUUGAAAGGUUGCGGAGAAAAAGGUUAGGGAACGUGGAAAACGAGAAGCCGAAAAUAUCCCUACGGUUGCGCUUGUUGCCCAGGGACGAGGAUUGGGGAACAACGAGCGGUUUCAUAGAGUGCAGCAAAGAAGAUGGACCGUCCAGGCAGCCGGGAUGA